GUAAUGUUCAGUGUCUACCUAAUAGACUGUUGAGAAUACAUACAUAUGAAGACACUGGAGUAUGUGAAGAGUUACAUGAGAUCGAUGGCUGCAACCAUUGCCGGGCAAACAGGGCAGCAGGCAACGCCGCUUCCUUCGCAAAUUACAUCGGUGGAGGAACUACAGUCAUUUGUUAUACUAAUGCAGGAUGCAUUCAACAAUUGUCUAAACUGAAAGGUGUGCAUGGAGACACGUUGUCGGAGACUGUACGCCUCAUGAUGCAGCGUCUUCUAACGCGGUCAUUGAUGGCGGAGAUCAAUUACUCCUGUCUCCGCAACAAACACGGAUUCCGGAAGAUGAAGCUAUUCACCGAAGUGCAAGCUGCUCUAUUAAAACGUUUCUCCGGAAGUAUUGUGUCACCUGAUGAUGAUGUCAGGAAAUACUUGAAAUCGAUUCGUGGCAACGCAUGGCGCGACACUACCAAAGGUUGUGCAAGCAGCCAGCAGGUUUUCCAAUUCGUGGACUUGGAGCGCCCAUGA